AUGCGUGCCAAGACCAAGAUAAUGAGUGAAAUAGAGGAAGUGCAGGAACAAAUGAAGGUCGAUAUGGAGGCCAUGAAGGAGAAAAUGAUGACAAUGAUGGAUAUGAGGAAGAUAAUGGAGGUUAACACUGCUGUAGCUGCUGCUACCAGUACCACUACUGAGAGGGACCCAACUCACCAACCCGUUUUUAAUCAAGAAAGUCACCUAGUGACGGAUGUGGAAGGUCAAGGAGGUGUGACGGGGGAGGAGGCACAAGAAGCUCCCAUAGACCACACUAUAACAGGUUUCGAGCCCCAUCCAAGAUAUACUAUUGAAGGGCAUGCAGCUUUUGGCAUCCCUACGUUGAACACUCCUGGAGCCUCUCAACAUCACAUGUUAUCACAACCUUUGCAUUUUGUGAGGGGAGAAGGGCCUCCUGUAGUAUUUAAGAAGGAAAAGAUUGAGCAUAUGGAGGAUAGGUUACGCGCCAUCGAAGGAGGAAGAAGUUCUGGUUUUGCCGACAUGUUAGAGCUAUGUUUGGUACCCGAUGUGACUAUUCCCCCGAAGUUCAAGGUGCCAGAUUUUGAUAAAUACAAAAGGACCUCUUGCCCUAAGAACCACCUAAGGAUGUAUUGUAGAAGAAUGGAGGCUUAUGCGAAGGAGGAGAAGCUACUGAUGCAUUUUUUUCAAGAAAGCCUGGCUGGGGCGACUAUUAUCUGGUAUACUAACCUGGAAUCCACUCGAAUCCGCUCUUGGAGGGAUAUGAUGGAUGCUUUCAUUAGGCAGUACCAAUACAACUCUGACAUAGUGCCAAACAGAACGCAACUGCAAAACCUGUCCAAGAGAGACAAUGAGUCUUUCAAAGAACAUGUUCAAAGGUGGCGAGACCUAGCAGCUCAAGUAGUGCCCCCUAUGGCAGAAAGAGAGAUGAUAACAAUGAUAAUGGACACACUGUCGGUGUUCUACUAUGAGAAAAUGAUAGGUUACAUGCCUUUAAGUUUUGCAGAUCUAGUGUUUCCUGGUGAGAGAAUUGAAGCAGGUUUGAGGAAAGGGAAAUUUAAUUAUGUUGCUUCUAUGAAUCCUAGUAAUGAGGGACUCGAGAGGAGUGGUGAGAGGAAGAAGGAGGGAGAACCUCAUGUUGUGGCUGCAAUGCCCACGUGGCCAAACUUUCCAUUAGCCCCUUAUAAUCCCAUGUAUCAAUAUCCUCCCCGGCAAUAUCACUACUCGGCCAAUGUCAAUCCUGCCCAUUACCCACCACCCUACCAACCAAAAACACCCGGUCAGCCACAAAGGCCACCCCUAAAUCGACCACAACAUCCACCCGCAGCACAUCCAAGACCAAACACCACCCCUAAUACCAACCAAAACACCAAUCAGGGAAGGAAUUUCCCAUAA